UUGUAGCAAUGAUCUGAAUGUAUUAGAAUGGCUCAAGUGACUGUCACUAGCUUGGGAGUCCUUUUGGGGUUCUAUGUCCCUAAAGCCUGAUGCGCCAUUUCCUGCUUGUGGAAGGCACGAAUGAAAAAUGGGAUGGUGUCAAGCUAGGGAUGCGGUCCAUUCCCAUUGCCACUGCUUGCACCAUUUACCAUAAGUUCUUCUGUGAGACCAACCUGGAUGCCUAUGACCCUUACCUGAUUGCCAUGUCUUCCAUUUACUUGGCUGGCAAAGUGGAAGAGCAGCACCUGCGGACUCGUGACAUCAUCAAUGUGUCCAACAGGUACUUUAACCCAAGCGGUGAGCCCCUGGAAUUGGACUCCCGCUUCUGGGAGCUCCGGGACAGCAUUGUGCAGUGUGAGCUUCUCAUGCUGAGAGUUCUGCGCUUCCAGGUCUCCUUCCAGCAUCCACACAAGUAUCUGCUCCACUACCUGAUUUCCCUCAAGAACUGGCUGAACCGCCACAGCUGGCAGCGGACCCCUGUUGCCGUCACUGCCUGGGCCCUGCUGCGGGACAGCUACCACGGGGGGCUGUGCCUCCGCUUCCAGGCCCAGCACAUCGCCGUGGCAGUGCUCUACCUGGCCCUGCAGGUCUACGGAGUUGAAGUGCCCGCCGAAGUUGAGGCUGAGAAGCCAUGGUGGCAGGUGUUUAGUGACGACCUUACCAAGCCAGUCAUUGAUAAUAUUGUGUCUGAUCUCAUUCAGAUUUAUACCAUGGACACAGAGAUCCCCUAAGGCCCUGGCCGGGAGUGCACUGUGUGAGCUGACCCAAGGCAGCCACAUCUGCUUUUGUCCUUUGAGAGGACUCUGACUACAACAGAGGCAUGACAUCAAUGAAAGGAAAACCAUGAAAUCGAUGAGACUAAAUCCCUAGGGAUUUUGUAAAGCCAGAUUCAUGGCGAGAAUGAAUGUGCAACGUGGCUGAAAUCUAUUUUGUGUAAUAAAAGGUGAUGCAAGUC